CACCACCGCCACCGCUCCGUUACGCUAGCUCAUCCUAUUGCUCAUCCAAACACAAGAAGCUGCAUUUACCCGACAGAUAACAAGUCUUAAAACCCGUUUGUGUUAACUGUUUAAGUAAUGUAGAAUGGCUUCGUGUUUUGGGAAGAUCGUCGUCGGUACUUAUGUGGAGAUAAAGCGCAGUGAUGGACGUAUACACCAGGCAAUGGUGACCUCACUGAAUGAGGACAACGAGAGUGUCACAGUGGAGUGGAUAGAAAAUGGAGACACAAAAGGGAAAGAGAUCGAUUUGGAGAGUAUAUUUGCACUUAACCCAGAUGUGGCUCCAGAUGAGGAAAUUGCCCCUAGUCCAGAGACUCCCCCACCACCUACACCCACAUGUGUGAAGGUCAACAAAAUUGCCAAGAAUCGUCGGACGAUAGCCCCUAUUAAGAAUGACACUCCGUCCAGGGAUAAUAGAGUAAUUCCGACCCGGGCCAGACAGCCACAACCACAACCUCAACAGCCAGAGCCUGCACCACCACCCCAAUCUCUGCUGCCCACUCCGCUCACUCAAGCUCAGACACAACAGCAACUGCAGAAUGCGAGGAGGAAGUCAAACUGCGUGAAGGAGGUGGAGAAACUGCAGGAGAAGAGAGAGAGGCGCCGGAUUCAGCAACAGGAGCUCAGGGAGAAGAGAGCUCAGGAGGUGGAUACCACCAUCCCUAACUAUGAGAUCAUGUACAUGAUCCGAGAUUUCCGAGCCAGUCUAGACUACCGACCCCUGACCACAGCGGAUCUGAUUGAAGAGCACAGAAUAUGUGUUUGUGUGAGGAAACGUCCACUCAACAAGAAAGAGUUGGCCAUGAAGGAUUUAGACGUGAUCACCAUCCCCAGUAAGGACGUGGUGAUGGUUCAUGAACCAAAACAAAAAGUGGACCUGACCCGCUACCUUGAGAACCAGACCUUCCGCUUUGACUACGCCUUUGAUGACAGCACCACCAAUGAGAUGGUUUACAGGUUCACUGCCAGACCUCUAGUGGAGACCAUUUUUGAGAGGGGCAUGGCGACCUGCUUUGCCUACGGGCAGACAGGCAGCGGAAAAACACAUACUAUGGGUGGAGAUUUCUCUGGGAAGAACCAAGACUGCGCUAAAGGAGUUUAUGCAUUAGCUGCUCGGGAUGUAUUUCUCAUGUUGAAGAAACCCAACUACAAGAAGUUAGAUCUACAAGUGUACGCGACCUUCUUUGAAAUUUACAGCGGAAAGGUGUUUGACCUGCUGAAUCGUAAAACUAAGCUGAGGGUGCUGGAGGACGGCAAACAGCAAGUCCAGGUUGUUGGGCUUCAGGAGAAGGACGUCAAGUGCACGGAGGAGGUCUUGAAACUCAUAGAAGUGGGCAACAGCUGCAGAACAUCAGGGCAGACGUCAGCCAACGCCCACUCAUCUCGCAGCCACGCCGUUUUCCAGAUAAUUCUUCGGAGGAAGGGGAAAAUGCACGGCAAGUUCUCCCUCAUCGACCUCGCAGGCAAUGAGAGGGGGGCUGAUACAUCUAGUGCUGACCGCCAAACUCGUCUGGAGGGAGCUGAGAUCAACAAAAGCCUUCUUGCCCUAAAGGAGUGCAUCAGAGCUCUUGGCCGUAACAAGCCUCACACUCCAUUCAGAGCCAGUAAACUGACUCAGGUCCUGAGGGACUCUUUCAUCGGGGAAAAUUCACGCACAUGCAUGAUUGCAACAAUCUCUCCCGGUAUGACAUCCUGUGAGAAUACCCUCAACACACUACGCUACGCCAACAGAGUGAAGGAGUUUGGGAUUAGUCCGUCUGACAUCCCCUUCUCCCAGGGCGGUCAGGGGAGUCGCUCUGAUCUCUCGCCCACCAAUACCUUUGAGUAUGAUGACUUUGCUGCUACCUCUCCCAGCAGGGUGAAGGAGCUGACGGUGGACACUAACCAAGCGAUGGAGGGGGGUCGACCCAACAUCAAUGCCGUCAACCAGCUGGAUCUUUUGGACGAGGACUGGCUGAGUAUCUCGCCGCAGAGAGAUGACCUCAAAUUGCUCUGUGAGCAGAAUGAGGAGGAAGUGUCUCCGCAGCUCUUUACUUUCCACGAGGCAGUGUCUCAGUUAGUUGAGAUGGAGGAGCAGGUCCUGGAGGACCACCGGGCUGUUUUCCAGGAGUCUAUCAGAUGGUUGGAAGAUGAAAAGGUACUUCUGGAGAUGACAGAAGAGGUGGAUUAUGACGUGGAGUCGUACGCCACUCAACUGGAGCAGAUCCUAGACCAGAAGAUAGAAAUCCUCACUGAGCUCCGAGAUAAAGUGAAGUCAUUCCGCUCUACACUCCAGGAGGAGGAGCAAGCAAGUAAGCAGAUCAAUCCCAAGAGGCCACGUGCUCUUUAGAGCAUUGAAGGUGAAGAGGUUGAAGUGGCCCAUACAGAAACAUAACCACUAGAUGUUCAGCACAACGCGGGCUGUCUCUAGCAGCUGUGAAAUUGGAAUAAAAGGACAGUCUGAUGUACCAACAGGCUCAAGGAAUCGCACUCAUUUUUAUCCCUCUCCUAACAAAACUGGCUGUUCAUUCACUUUGGUCUCAUAGAGUUCUUAGGAAAGAUAAUAGUUGUAUUUCCUUCAUGGAGAGUGUUUAGUCUCCCCUCUCUGUUCUUAUUAAAUUAUUUUCUUUUAUACCUGUUUGUACUUUCUUUGGACAGAAUAUUUUUCACCUGGUUUCAGAAGAGAUCUUCAUUGAACAUGUUUUUAAGGUUUACCUUACAAAACCAGGAUUUGAUUUCUGGUUGCCCUGGCUGACAUGUCUGCAUGUGCACUCUGUGAUAGCGUAUGUACGCCACUGCCGUUGGUUUUUAUGCUUUUGGGUCCUCAGUUGGCAUUGUACAGUCAUAUUGUUAUAAGCGGUCUCUUCUCUCUUUUCCUUCCUUCUCGGAGCUUUUAACGGUUUGGAAGAAACCUUUAACCACACAGUGCUUCUUCCUUUGUGUUUCUUUCCUUAUGACCCUGAGGAUUUUACAUGUAGUUUGCUUCAGUUUGUGCCAUGUCGCUCUAUGUGGCAACUGAUUUAAAAACUCUUACUUAACGUAAACCAUGUUUUCCAGCCCUGUUUAACACUUUGUUAUAAAACUGAAACUAGAAAAAAACUGCUAUUAAUAAAUGUAUAGUAAAAACCACUGAUCUACCAUCGGUUAUGUUUCAGUGUUUGCACCAGAUGUAAUGCUGAAUGAAGAAUAA